CAUCGCGACUUCAAUCGCACACGCCUCGCCACGAUGCCAAAAGCAAUCGCUAGUAUUGGAGAAUACUCCAUCCUCCCAGUAUCCAUACCCGAGACGAGCGCAUACGCCGUCAAGGCCGUACACAGCAUCUACGUCCGCCCGCACGCACCUAAAAUCCCCACGGCCUCCGAUUCACGAAGCCUUUUCCUCGUUAACAUCCCAAUCGACAGCACAGAGCAACAUAUCCGCUCAAUAUUUUCCUCGCUGCUUGGCGCUGGCAGGUUCGAGACUGUCAUCUUCGAGAACGAGCGACAGAAUGCUCCGCUUGUAGUAGAGACGAAGUUAGUACAGAGCGCGAAGAACAAGAAGAGGAAACACGCGGAUGCUGUCGAUAAUGCGGAGACGGCGGAAGAUGCCUUGCCCAAGGCUUGGGAUAGGAAUUUGCACCGUAGUGGCAGCACGGCCGUCGCUGUUCUGGCGGAUGCGCGGUGUGUGGAGCAUGCGCUGAAGGCAAUCAAGAAGGCGAAUAAGAGCGGAGAGUACCCUGUCUGGGGCGCGGGUGUCAAUGGUGUCCCUGCACUGGGAUCGUCGAGAUACAUGGCACAUCAGAAGUUGACAUAUCCCCCCAAGGAUGAGCUGCAGUCUGCGGUGGACAACUUCAUGGCGGAGUGGAAUAGGAAGGAAGAGGAAGCUGCGAGGUUGGCGAAGCGCCAGCGCAAUGUUCCGGAUGAAGAUGGAUUUAUCACCGUUACUCGCGGUGGAAGGACCGGUCCCGCACGACAGCACGAUGCGGAUGAAGCUAGGAAGAAGGAGUUAGAGAAGGAGGAGGCGAAGAGGAAAUCUAUGGGCGACUUCUACCGCUUCCAGGGCCGCGAGAGGAGGAAGGAGGAGCAGGGAGAGCUGCUCAAGCGAUUCGAGGAGGAUAGGAAGAGGGUGGAGGGCAUGAAGACCGAGAGGAGAGGUCGGUUCAGACCGGAAUAGGGGAUGUGUACUUGAGAUAUCAAUCGCGCCAAUGAUUACUGGGAUGGGCAUCCUACUUCGAUAACCCCCGACGGCCCAUAGCAGGGCAGCCUGGCAUGUUAGAUAUGGCUUCAGUCAUGUCGUUAUUGUGGUAGUAACGACACGUAACCGUUCGUCCCGACCGGGCCAGAACAUUCACCAUGCACGGUUGAAACGAAUCCGCCCGGCUAGCCUCCCGAACAACCCACCAGUACAGAGCUCAGGUCUAUCUAGCAACUAGCCCCACUACUCCCCUGUAAAGGGCGAGGCAGAUAUAAAGCGAUGAUUACUGGUUACGCGUCUACACCUAAACGGUGGCGGGGUGAUUGAAUGCUUAGAACGCCUCUGGCAUCGCAACUUUCGGGGGGGUGAGAGGAUGGAGG